GGAACCUGGAGCAUAUCACAGGGAGCAUGGGGCACAAGGCGGGGUACAUCCUGGACUGGGUGCCAAUCCAUCGCAGGGCACACUCACACACACCCAUUCAUACACUACGGAUACUUUGGACAUGCCAGUCAGCCUACCAUGCAUAUCUUUGGACUGGAGGAGGAAACCGGGGUACCGGGGGGAUUAAAUCUAGAAUGGGAUGUUCACCUAGGACUUAUGGACGUGAUGGUCAGGUGUCAACAAACUUUUGGCUGAGUGAGGAGUAUUGUAAUGAUCAAUUUCAACAGUAGUUGGCGCCAAAGCACCGGUGUAAGGAAGGAAAAGCCGAAAAAGGAGAAGAAGAAGAAAACGAGGCAAGGUCAGCUGAUUUGUCGCUUUUCCUGUGAAUCAAUUAGAAACGCAGCUGUUAGCAACUACUGGGCUGGCUCUAUUUUAUUCACCUUACUGUCCAUUAAAAGACAUUCCAGUUAAGGUUAGCUAGCUUCCCAGCAACGGUGCCACUUUCUAGACGUUUCCAUACCCCGAGCGCAAGGCGUUAAGACAUGUCUGGCCAAAUGAGUGAAUUAUAUGGCUGUAUCGAGGGAUGAUUAAAGUCAGCAUUCAGAAGUUACAGAGUGAAGAUUGAGACCCUCCCCUCCCCCCCAAAAGAUGGCCGACACAGAGCAGCAAAAUUCUCCUCCUCCUCCUCCUCCUCCUCAGACCGGGCCUGCACAAUUCCUGUUGAGUAACAAACUGGAGACGGCCAUGUGGCUCUCGCGUCUCUUCACGGUCUACUGCUCCAUCAUGUUCAUCCUUCCUCUCCUCGGGCCAAUUGCAGCAGCUAACUUCUACCAAAGGGCUCUCUUGGCCAACGCUUUGACCAGCGCGCUGCGUCUGCACCAGAGGCUUCCUCGCUUCCAGCUGAGCCGAGCCUUCCUUUCACAGGCGUUACAGGAAGACAGCUGCCAUUACCUCCUCUACUCACUCAUCCUGGUCAACUCCUACCCCAUCACCAUGAGCAUAUUCCCGGUGUUCCUCUUCUCACUGCUUCAUGCCACCACGUACACUAAGAAGGUUCUUGACACGAUGGGACCGGACAGUCUGCUGUUCGUACGGAACUUCCUGAACAAGCUCACGGCCAAUCAGCAGAACAUUCUCAAGUUCAUCGCCUGCAAUGAGAUCUUCCUGAUGCCAGCUACUGUCUUCAUGCUCUUCAGCGGACAGGGCAGCCUGCUGCAGCCCUUCAUUUAUUACCGCUUUCUGACUUUGCGUUACGCCUCCAGACGAAACCCUUACUGUCGGACCCUGUUCACAGAGUUGAGGAUUCUCCUGGAGCACUUUGUGAUGAAGCCCGCCUGCCCGGCCUUCUUCAGGAGGAUGUGCCUCAAUAGCAUCGCCUUCGUCAGCCGCCUGGCUCCUACAGGAGUCUAAAUACACUGUGUAUCAAUACAUACUCCAGCACGACACAGCACCACACACUGAUAAAUACACACAAUUACACUUCUAAGCUCCUACAACGUGACUAGCUGGGAGAGAGUUCCUCCACUGUAGGUUUCUGAGCAGGCAGACGAUGCUCUUGCUCUCGACGUCCUGCUGAUCUCGUCUUCUGCAUGGAAAACAGUUGGUAUUUUGGAGAAAUUCCACAGAUCUGAAAGGCUGACAGACAAAAAAAAAAGCAGCAAACACUAUAUAUACACAUGGUGUGUUGUAAAAUUGUUCCAGCUCUUUGGUCAGUGCUUUUCAAAGAUUAUUUAUGAAAUUACUAUUAAGUAUGGAUGCCUUUCUUAUGGGGUGGAUGAGAAAAUAUUUAAGCUUAACAUAGAAUAAAUAAUUGCUAGGUAUAUAUAGUUUUAGUGCUUCCUGUGUAGGGAAGAAAGAUUUUGAUCUGUCAUUGUGUGUGUGUGUGGUUUUGUUGGAUUGUGGUCUUAAAUUUGUUAAUUUUUUUUUUAAAAUUUUUAUGUAGUUGAGCUGGAUUAUCUUGAAAUCGACAUGUAACCUGUUGGUUAAUUUUUUUUGUACCUGAGAAUAGGAGAGAACCUUAUGAAUUUUUGUUUUGUUUGCUUUAAAUGAACA